ACAUGAGCCGCUCAGUGUUGUUUCCGCGCUCGCCGACCCACGACCGGCCCGACGUCCUGCCGCUCCUGUCACGCCCGCUACCCCCGGAGCGUCACCCUCGUCAGCAACGACGUCAGCUCGAGACUCGUUGAGUGAUUUUCUCCCGUCUUCGGACCCUCUCGCAAACCCCUUGUCACCGAUAGUGGCCAACCCCUCGCGUUAGCGCAUUUGUCGAGUGAUUUUCUGGCUUCCCAAAAAACUGUUGAACAGAGCCUUUUUUCGCGAUUUGUUAUUCAAAGCGAAUGAAGCAGUAACCUGUACAUUCCAUUGAUUGACACCCGCGCUCCUCUUCUUGCGUCUUCCGGAAUCGGGAGGGUUGUGACAGAAUUUAUCGAAGGACUCCAACGGUCGCGUUCUCGUUUCGAAUUUUGAACGUUCGAUUGGUUCAGUGACUGUGUGGAAACUUUCCUCAUCGCACGCUUCUGGAGUGGUGUUCCAAGUUGUUGGGCCGCGAGUGCGACUGUUAAAAGUUGAUGCGUUUAUCCUGUCCUCGCUCUCGGACGAGUGAUGUCCGAUUCGUCUCGGACAAAGGCGAUGCGUUAGAAUGACCUAUCCGAGUGGAGAAUCGAUCGAAUAUAACUUGGUUAAAGCGCGGGCUUCGUGCUGAAUUGCAUUGCUCUCCGGCCGAAAGUGAAGAAAGUAAUUCAAGUGCGGCCCCUAGAUAUUCCUCUUAUCUAAGCCUUUGUUGUUCAAGUACGAACGGAGUUGCGAGACUCGACGCAGCUUUCGGUUUUGAGGUUGUCUUCUCUCUCUCUUUCCUGUCGGUUUCUCAAAGUCAUUUUGUUUUAUUGAGAGUGCACAGUUGUGGAUACAAGGUGUGACGUCGUAAUUGGUCGGAGUAAGGAGGUUGCGCACAGGCGGGUGACUUGCUCUGAGGAAAUCCAGAAUAGAUUCAUAAUGGGCGGAUGAUAACUUACUCAGAAAUAAGAGGGCAAGGAUGGGAUUGCAGAAUGAUUAACAUGAAAGGGUCUGAGCAGUAGCUUGGUGCCUGAAUAUGACGUCAUGGACGGAAAGGUGGUGUAUAUAUCGGUGGAUGACCGGUUAGAGACUCUUCAUCUUCCCUCUGACGUCACGCCCGAUCAGAUACGUGAGCUGCUGCGAUCGUUAUGCCAGGUGACGAAUCCUCAGGCGAGCAUCUGGUUGGUGGACGCGGAGGGUCGUAAGCUCUCCAUCGACUCGGAGCUGCCGGCCAACUCGCCCGAGAACCCCUACCGCCCCCUGGCCCGACCACGCAACGGUAUGUUGGUCGACGAAGUUGAAAUGGAAUUCAUCAGUUUAGAACAAAGUUUGAAGGAAUUAGAAGAACAAGCAGACAACUCAACGGAAAUUUGCUCAAAAGUCAAAAUGAUUGAAGACAAACUACAUAAGAUCAAAAAUAAGUUAGAAACUUCAAAGCACAAUACUUGGAUUAAUUUUUACAAAGAGAUACCACCCUCAAUCAUGAAAUUACAGUAUCGAAGGCUGAGUGACGGGAAACAAAGCAAAGUCAGGAAGGAAUUUUACGAAAUUUGCAACAACACGCUGAGUGAGGAGGUGCGGCAAGCUUUACGUCUUCCAUCGUUUGACUGCAGCACUUUCGAGGACGCUGAGAUCCUCCACAUUCUCCAGUACAUGUACAUCGACUUCGACCUACCCAAAAAGUACAACAUCGAUUUGAACACUCUUAGAGAAUUCCUAUUCACGGUCUACAAAAACUACAAUGACGUUCCCUUCCACAAUUUUAGGCAUUCUUUUUGUGUUACGCAAAUGAUGUAUGCGAUGUGCAUGAAAGUCAAUUUAAAAGAUAAAAUCGGCGACCUUGAAAUUCUAGUCCUUCUUACGUCCUGUAUCUGUCAUGACCUUGAUCAUCCAGGAUAUAACAAUAUGUAUCAGAUAAAUGCUAAAACCGAGCUUGCUAUCCGCUAUAAUGAUAUAUCACCUCUAGAAAAUCAUCACUGCUCAAUGGCAUUUCGUAUUUUAGACCUACCUAGUUGCAAUAUUUUUAGCUCCAUGACAAAAGAAGUAUACCGGACAGUGCGAGAGGGCAUUAUCCGGUGUAUUCUGGCCACGGACAUGUCACGGCACAAUGAAAUCCUGCAGAAGUUUGUCGAGGCUCAGGAAGAACAACAAUUCGAUUUUGAAAACAAAAACCACGUUAAUUUGCUAGAAAUGGUGCUAAUUAAAGUAGCAGAUAUAUCAAACGAAGCACGUCCAAUGGAAGUUGCAGACCCCUGGCUUGAUAAAUUAUUACAGGAAUUUUACAAUCAAAGUGAUCUUGAAAAAGACCAGGGCCUCCCUGUCACACCAUUUAUGGACAGGGCCAAAAUAUCUAAAAGUUCCUCUCAGUGCAAUUUUAUUGGAAUUGUUUUACUCCCUUUGUUCGAAGCACUCGAAAAACUCUUCCCUGAGUUGAAGGAUAUGAUUGUGAACCCGGUGAAAGAGGCACUGGCUUUCUACCAAGAGUGCCUCCGAAAUGAACAGCGAACAAAACGAACGAGCGUCAUAAGUGCUCCUCACUCCACGGCUAGCUCAGGUCCAAACUCUCCUAUCAAAAUUACUCCUUUUGUACCAACGAACAACACCUUACAUAAAUCUCAGCAAUCGGAAGAGGGAUCAUCAUCUCGUGCUAGUAGUCAAGAUUCUAUAGGUUAUGAGCAAGAUGACAACUGCAACAUAAGUAGGAGUGAGGAUGAUGCAGCUGUCAAUGAAGUCACGGUUUCUGAGCAAACAUCAACUUUUAAAAUUGCGACGGAUAAUCCUUGUUCAGGGAAAAAGAGCCAACCAGGAAGUCGGAAAGGUAGCAGGGAAAAAGCUCACUUGUCUGGUGAUUCGGACUUGGCCCAUUUUUACACCGGAUCCGUACACAGCAGUGACAGUGGGGAAAAAAAGAGUUGGUCUUCUAGUGAACAAUACAGUAUUGACGAAAAUCGCCUUCGACACGAUACCAGGAAAAAAUCAGUUUCUAGUCCAGAGGAAAGGAAAGAGACACGAAGUUAUUCGUACGUAGAGCAACCAAAAUCAAGGAAAGAUAUUUUCCAUGACAGUGGCAAUAGCUUUAAAAAACGAUCUGCUUCAGCAUGCAGUUCGGAUGAAUUGAAGGACUCUGACAGCCGAGUCUCCUUUGCAAACUUUAACUACCCAUACAGAAAAAAGAGUAUAACACCUUGCAAGAGUCCAGAGCUUAAGGAAGAGGAAGAAGAAGGAAAACCUGCCUCUGGAAAUGUCGAAAGCUGUAGCUAUUCUUUUGCUGCCAAAAAAUUGGAGUCUAACAACACAAGUAAAUCAGUUGAUGAACCUAAUAGUAAGAAUUAUUCACUGCAUCGGGUUGAGGGGUCAAACCCAGUUCCUAGUGAUACUCAAAUACUAACUUCUGUGCGCCCCACCAUGACUGAAGAUGCCUCGAGUCUCAAAGAUAUUGAUUGCGAGGCAGACAAAACACAACCCACAGCUGUUCCGCUGGCGGAACAAGCUGAAAUUUCCGGCUCGUCCUGUUGUCAAGAAAAGAACUCCGAAACUCUAGUCCAAUGUGUUAAUAGUGUUAAAAAUGUAGACCAAGCUAGCACGGUGCAAAGUAUCGACAUCGCCGUGAAAGAAACGUUUGACGGGAAACCAAAAGUCCCGUCUCCUCAGUCAACGGUUAUGAAAAGAUUGAAGAAGAGCUUUGGAGAUCCAUUUCGGCUGUCGCGACGGAGCACUAGUAGCGAUUCCAGUUCGUCGAAAUUGACUGUUGCUGAAACAUCAUCUCAGCCUGCAUCACCUGCAUCGCUGAAAACUCAAAAAACAGAAGAAGUGGAGGAAGAGCAAAAAGCAAUGACAUUACCGAAAGUUUUAAAGAAGCGUAAAUCGCGAAAGUGGAGGGUGCUAAAAAUGAAGUCAGACACAGGAAGUUCGUCUACCGAGAGAUUAAACAAAGAUUUUAGUCGACGAAAAUCUUCUGACGGUGAGGCGAGAGGCAUCUCCGGAAAUAAUAAAAUCGAAAAUGGGAUGACUCCACCAGAUGAGGAUUCAACAACUGAAGCAGCGAACAACAACAAAGUAAAAUCAAACUGUGCGAAUAUUGGUCGGCAAAAGAAAUCUUCCUCCGACGCAAAGUAUCCUCGUUGGAUGUCAACGUUGAAGGCAUCGUUUAAUUUUAAAAAGUCAAGUAAUUCUUAAAUAGGUACACUUACUUUAAGCCCUACCUACUUUUGUUGCUCCUCUCGUUAUUUCUUCUCUCCAAAGACCAAUCAUCCAGGGAUAAACUAAUUCUAGUUGUACCCACUUGUUUAUAUCCAUUUUAACCAUGAUUUGAAUAAGUUGUACCUAUGUCUCAAGUAGGUAAUGUGCAAUAAGUAUAGAUAACUCGAUGUGAAAGUAGCUGUAUAAAUAGCGAUUCUUGGACAUCGGUAACAUUGUUUUUCCUCUUCAAUUCAUCAGAAUAUCGGUUUCUGGUGGGUCAGCUUCCUUCAAUGACACAUAUCAAUGGAACAUAUUUGGAUCGAGCGGAACUAUUUCCUCUAUAACAUUAUCUCAGUCAUGCAUGAUAUUCUAUUGGAUCUCGAGGUCCAGAUCAAAAUGGAGAUAGCUCCUUUGGGUUCAAAUACGUCUAACGGUGAAACUACUGAACCACGUUGUCUUUGAAAACUCUGGUUUUUCAGAUGGAAGCAUAUAUCUGUAUGUACUCCUAAUUUUGGAUGAUAAAAAAGGUACCAAAACUAUUCUGUAAGAUAGCAAUGAUGAGAUACUCUUCAAUGUUCUGCAAGAAUUUGUGAAAUUUGUAAGUAUUCAACUGCUGAGAGUCAUGAAAGAAAAGCUGAGCUAGUUUCAGUCUGCGAAUUAGGAACGAAAACUUCAUUUACAGAUUCUUAUGUGAAUUUAUACUCAAUUUUCUGAGCUGGUUUUUAGAAAAUUUUUAUCAAAUUAAGGCCCAACGAAAACUGUACAAUUUAACGUCCCCAAAACUAAAAAUUCAACUUGGUUUUUUUGGAUCGAGCGUUCGUUUUUUUAGUUUUGCAUAGUAUCAGGCUAAGAAAUGUAACACGGGUACCUCCUUUUAUCACCCGUUUACUGUUUUUUGUAUGUAAGAAAAAUCAUUUUAAAAAAUUAUUCCGGAUGUCAUAUCAAUUAUUAUGGUCCACCAGUAAGAGAAAAGUGGUCAAAUGAGCGGUCUUUUUUUGCAUUGUCAGAUCUUAUUAAAAGACGGAUCAAAGAAAAAUAGCUCAAACUGUUGUUUUUUUUUCGUCUUAAAAUAGCAAUUGUUUCUAAGUUUUGCAAAUUUUUCAGAUUCAUUCUUAGAAAGACAUUUCAUGCGCAUUUUUUUUUAAGUCAAGGAUAAUUUAUCUAUCUUAUGAUUUUUUCUUGAAUAUCUGAACGCACACGUCUCCACAAAACCUCAAAGAUUGUUUAAAAAAUUAUGAAGUUUAAAAAUUAGGAGUUGUCUCAUAAAUAUAAAAAACAAAAUCGUGACUGUCUCGAUUUUUCCGAGCCGCUCGUGACGUUAUUUACUUAUAUAUUUAAAAUUUACGGUCAUUCUAUCAUAGUCAAUUUACUUUCUGCCUCCUGCCCUCCUCAAAACCCCCCUCCCCCAUUUCUUAGAGUUGUAAUUUCAUUUUUCAUCGGUCAUCGGGAAAGGAAACCAAACAUAUUUUUGUAGAUGCAGUGAUACUUACUGACGUAAAAUUUGAAUAAAACCAUAAAAUGCAUUUAAGAUA